UCCACGGGGCUUCCCCCCUCCUCACACCACCGUCAGCAUCAACAUUACAAGAAACCAUGAGAGGGAUGCGGCCUUCGUGAUAAGAACAAACAUUGCUGGACCUCCUUCUUCUGGUCUCGAGCUGGUCCCUCGCGGUUCGUUAUGUCUUUGGGCCUGCUCCCCGUCUCGCCAUGCCCGCUGCUGAACGCUCCCCCCCGCCGCCGCUGCUGCGCUUUCUGCCGUCGUUGCUUCUGAUUUCGUGCCUGCAUGUGGCGGUGAGAGCAGCGGAGGAGGGCGGCCUGCCCUCCUCCUCGCCCGGGGACAAUGGCCCCGAAGUCCCGGUCGGAGACCCGUCUGCCGCCCCACCGAGCGCCCCGGGUCGACUCCUCCGCCCCUCCGCUCCGACGCAAGAGCCCCAGUUUGCCCUGAAGGUCCUCGUGAGGGACCUGGUGACCCGCCAGCCGCUUCCGGGCGCUUCGGUGGACGUUUACGUGAACCACACCCUGAGGAGCUCAGCCCGGACGGGGGUGAGAGGCGAGGUUCUGCUCUGGGUCGCAUACACUCCAGGCCUCAGUCUGACUCUGCUGGGCAACAUGGAGGGCUACGUCCCCAGCCCCCUGCCCUGGAGCACCACCAAGAGACCGAUUUUCUCCGCCGUGACAUUGCUGCUGCUGCCUCACAGUCAGGGGAACGUCUGGCUGUUCGACGACUCGGUGCUCAUCACCGGGAAGUUACCUGACCGCUCGUCCCAACCCAAGGUUAAGUUCCCCAAGAACCUCCUCACAAUGUCUGAUAAGAGCAACGUCUCCUCCGUGACGGCGUACCUGACCAUACCACAGCGCCACCUAGAGAAAGACUGUGCCAACUGCACUCCGGGCAUCAUCGGCCAACCAUCACUAUUCAGAAGCAUCGAGCUGAAGGCGGUGGCGGCCGUCAGCGUGUUGCUUUACUCUGGUGCUGAGGAGCUCCAGGUGCGGGGGCCCAUUCAAAUCAGCCUGCCGCUGGGGCCCGGCCCGCACCUCAGGGCCUCGGACACGGUGCCGGCCUGGGCCUUCAACCUGAAGACAGGAGCCUGGGAGAAUCAGGGUCUGGGAAUAGUGACAUCCGUUGGUGAGGAGCUGGUUUGGACCUACACCGCCUCCCAUCUGGGCUACUGGAUCGCUGCACCCCUCCCCUCAUCAAAUGAUUACCUGGGAUAUGGAGGCUCCAUUGAUUUCAUGUCAUACCACACCUACCUGCUGAUGGGAAUACUGGGAGCAACGCUGGCUGUCGUGAUUGGAUUUCUUUCCUUGCUGCUGUGUCACUGCAGGAGAAGUUCUUAUCGAGAGCCCAGGAGGAGGAGGAGAGCACGUUUUUCCAAACUCACAGUGGGGAAAAAAGACCAAACCACCUCCACCCACAUGGAAGAGGGUCUGUUGUUCCGUUCUGGUGACAACAGCCUGGCUUCCUGCAGCGUCCAGUGUGACCCCUCUACCACGCCAAGGCACAAAGCCAACUACAACAUCUACGUGGAGGAUCCAGGGAGUCGCCCGGCGGCUCCUCUCUAUGAGAACAUCGCUCUGGAUCGGAUCAAAGGUUCCCAGCCUCCGUCUCACUACAUCAACAGUGAAGAGGUCGCUCGGCUUCGGGAGAGGUCGGAGCAGAACCGCGCCAACAUGAACUCUGACAGCUUCUUUCAAGAUAAGAUGGUUCAUAUGUACAACCAGCCGGUGGCUAUUAUUCAGGCGCCGGAGCUGUCGGGCUGCAAGUCUGCCACUUUCCCCCGUAAUGGAGUCGAGUACGAUCCUCACUCAGAGCCUGCAAAUAAAGAGGGCUACAUCCAGAAACUACCCAAAGGCAGCCUACAGCAGAGCAGCCAAGAUGAGCCCCAGCCUCUGGAGACUCCUCCACAAGGCCCCAACGCCGUUGUGUGGGGGCGCUACAGUAACCUCAUGGAGUCCUCCGUCUCCGUGCCCGGGACUCUCAACGAGGCGGCUGGCAUGCAGGCCUUCAGCAGCGGGCAUGGCGAGCUCACCCGGGGCAAGUGUCACCCCAGGGCCUGGUUCGUCACCUUAGAUGGGAGGCCGGCCGCCCAGGUUCGCCACUCCGUUAUUGAGCUCCAGAGCCGCCACAGGGCGCCAAGCAGCAACGACACCAGCCUGGACUCCGGGGUUGACAUGAACGAGCCCCAGCAGAACAUCCGCGAGACGCAGCGCGACAGGCGAGCGAUCAGAGCCUCCUCGCUGCCGCACCACGGCCGAGCGGGGCGGUACGGCGAAGACCAGGACCUGAGCAGCAGUGAGAGCGGCACAACGGCCACCUGCACGCCGGAGGACACCUCCCUGAGGAACAUUUUAGACGGGAGCAGCGGGGCCAUUCCCAACAUUCCCGAGGAGCGAGACGGGAUGGACACGUCCAGCGCUCAGGAGGACAGCGAGUCCAGGGGAACGCCGCCUCCACGCCGCCUGAGGAAGGUGAGGGAGAAGGGGAAGACGGAAAAGAGGAGUGCCAAGCACAUCCGUGAGGGGAGGCCUCUGACCAAGAGAAGUUAAAGCAUGGAGAAGUUAAAGCAUGGAGAAGACGAGCAUUUCCCCCAUCAGUGCUUCAUUUAAACGACACAUUCACUAUUUAAACACACGUUGAGCUGUUUUUCAUCAGCGCCGAGCCGUCCCAAAAAUCCUCUUUUAACCACUUACUCUCACGCAGGCAUCGUUGUCGUCGAGUCAUGUGAUUGUACAACUUUGCCAAAGAAUUCAUGUGUACGCUAGCACAAGAAAUAACGCAGCAGUCAUGUUGAAGCACAGUCUUCUCUCAUUGUCACGAAUCUGAAGAUCACCAGCGAGAUUCAUCGAAGGCCCCCAGCACAGGCAUUGUAGAGGUGCCUUCCUACUGCCUGUAGUCAUUGAAUAUGACCACACGAGGCACUAUUUAGUCAAAUCUGGUGAGUUUGCAGGAUGGACACAGGUACUAUGUGUAGUGCACUUAUCCUCACCACUGAUGCCUGCUGUAAAUUAAAUAGGAUAUAUAGGAGCUUUUCCCAGUUUGCAGGACUGACAUCUUUGUUUUGAUUGUUCUUCCUCGUGUUACUUAAAAAAAGACACUCUGGGGUUCAUGAAAAUUGAAAUACGUCAUCAUCGGAAUCAUCAAUUGGAUUUGUCGACUUCCCGCUUUCGCCGUCUACGAUGGAUUUCGGAUUAAAACACUGUCGUACAUUGAAAAGCUAAGCUGCCAUUUCAACAGUUAUCACACCUGAUAUUCAAGGUUAAGCCUAUAAUUGUUUUUGAAUGCAUGAAAAUGAAUGUUUCGUCGCGAGUAUGAAAAUAUAUUAGCAUUUUUUUCUUUUUUUACUGUAGAGCUCAAAUUUGACGUCUUCAUAGCCGUUCCGAUUAUUUGGGGACUGAAUGGUUUAUUUCAUCGUCUAUAGUCUUGGAAGUAGACCGUGUUGUGCUGCCAACUGUAGCUAAUGUAAAGAACAAUAACUUCACCAUGAUUAUCAUCACAAUGGACGACCUUCUAAAAAUCCCAAUAAAGGCUCAGGUGUUUUUUGUGACCAAUUCUCAACAGUUAUGUUCAAAGUAUUUAACUUUGGUAAACAACAGAGCUUUUGUCAAAUAAAGACUGGCACGCAGCAUCUAUUACACACUUAUUACAUGUUCAGAGUGUAAUUGACCAGACUUCAUGAACUUUGGCCAAAGUUUCACCACGAAUACCACAAAGCGGUUUUUAAGAGCAAUAUUUACCAUAAAUUAAAAGGGAACUUUUGCAAUUUUAGUCUCGUCCCCCCCCCACACACACUUUGUACGAUCCCGUGGCCACAUUCAUGCGUUCUUUUGUAUGUAUAUAGUAAAGCAACAUUUUAUGUAUUUACGUGACUGUGAUCAAACUUAUCUUGUGCCGUUUUUCUUUCAUCUAAAAAUGUGCAGCGGAUGGUUGAAUGAGUCCAUUUCUCUAAAGGUCCGAGCUUUGUAGUUUCACACUCAAUCAUUCAGCUUAUAAGUGACCGUACUUUCUCCCGCUUGAACACACAAAUCAAAACCUACUGCCACUCCUGUUCUAUAGAUCUCUCUGAAUGUAUGAGUAUUGAUUUUAAUGUGUUCUCCAGUGUGAUCCUCUCAUGUCUCGAUAUUGAAACUCACAGACUUUUUCUUUUCUUCCUAAGUGGGUACCUCUUGUGUUGACCUCUGUGAUGAUGGUAGUGUUAUUAGUCUUGCCUUUUUUUGUGCACUAAAUUAAUAAACUUACUUGAUACCA